AUGUCUAAAAAGGAGGAUUUAGAGGUAUAUUGGAACAAAAUAAAUUAUGCCUUUCCUAUAUUGAAUGGCACACUAUAUAGCGAUUGCACCAAUGAAGAGUAUGAGGAAAUCCAAGAAAUGAUCGUCAGCUUAGGUAUUCAAAUAAGAAUUAGAGACUUGAUACUUAUACAUAUUGAAAAAUAUCUUCGCCAGCACGUAGUACCAUCAUUUUGGUCAAAGUUUAUAAAAUCUGACGUAGAGGUUAAAGGGUUUCAAUUAUUCAAAACUGCUGUUAGCGACCUAUAUGAAUCUGUCACAAAUUUUUCUGGAAUAUUACAUAAGCUAACUUUGUUGAACAACAGUUGCAGCGAUAACAUGCCGAUCUUUGGAGAGAAAGACGUUCUACUUGGUUUUAAACAACUUCUGAGGGCUACUUUGCUUGCUCAAUUACCACUUGAAUUUCAAUAUAUCAUAUAUUUUUUUUAUAAAGUAUCAUUUAAUGUAUUUGAUAAUGAAUAUGAAAAUUCUGAUAUGGGAGAUGAUGUGAUGUGCUCUGGCUGCUGGAAUGAUUAUUCAGAUUGCAAUUGUGCAUACAUUGUUAAAGUUUUUCACGACACAAACCGCAAAUUAAUGGAGCUCCAAUUAUUAGAAAGAUUAGCCGGUCAAGUGUUAACUAAUUUCAUCCAGAUGAGAAUAGAAAGUCAUAUUCAAAAACUUUGUACAGGCACUUUUGAUGUUUCACAUAUAGCGUUUUUGGAAAAUUGGCUUGAUACAACAGUAAUGUCAUGGUUGACAAGAAUAUAUUGUGCUGGAUCAUCAAAACCACCACCAGAUGAUAAAAAUGUUCAAAAUGCCAUUUCAAAAUUUAAGCAAAAGCUAAGCUACUAUUUAUAUCACAGUUAUACAAAACUUAGAAUUGAUCAACUCUUCAAUAUUAUUAUUGAGUAUCCUGACUCACAACCAGCUGUUGAUGAUAUAAAACUUUGUUUAGACAAGACAGACUUGAGACCUACACUUUGCAAGAAUUUACAGACUGCAUUAGAAACAAGAUUAUUACAUCCUGGUGUAAAUACAUCAGAAAUUUUGACAGCCUAUGUCUCCACAAUUAGGACUUUGCGGCAUCUAGAUCCUUCAGGAGUUAUAUUAGAAACAGUUACUAAACCUGUUCGUAAUUAUUUAAGGAACAGAGAGGAUACAGUAAGAAGUGUGGUUAGUAGUUUAACUGAAGAUGGUGCUGGCAGUGAAUUAGCAGAAGAGUUAGCCAAGUUUGCUGGUGAAGGAGAUGAUGAAAAUGAUAAAGAAGACUUAUGGGAUGAAUGGAACCCUGAUCCGGUAGACGCUGAUCCCAAAGUAAAUUCAGGUGAUAGGAAAGCAAGCGACAUUAUAUCUAUGCUUGUAAAUGUAUAUGGAAGUAAGGAAUUGUUUGUCAAUGAGUAUCGAACAUUGCUUGCUGAUAGGUUGUUAGCUCAAAGUGUAAUUAAUACUGAAAAAGAAAUAAGAUAUUUGGAGUUGUUAAAGUUAAGAUUUGGAGAGUCACAGUUACACUUUUGUGAAGUUAUGUUGAAAGAUGUGUCAGAUUCCAAAAGAAUAAAUGCUCUAAUUCACCAAGACAAUAACUUUGAAGCUUCUAAUGAUAAAAUUACAUGUAAUGGAAUGAUAUUAUCAGCUCAGUUUUGGCCACCUUUUAAAGAUGAAAGCCUUGAGUUACCAGUAAUAAUUAAACAGCUUUUGGAGAAUUACACAAAAUCUUUCGAAGCAUUAAAAGGGAAUAGAACUUUAAGCUGGAUACCACAUCUAGGAAAUGUUAACAUUGAAAUAGAAAUUGGAGUUAAGAAAUUGGAGUUAACUGUUUCACCUUUUAAUGCUACAUUAAUUAUGCAUUUUCAAGAUAAACCUGAAUGGUCUUUAGAUGAACUGCAUCAAGUAAUGAAAGUUCCUGUUACUAUUUUAAGAAGAAAAAUUACAUAUUGGCAAUCAAUGGGACUUAUUACUGAAAAAAGCACUGAUUAUUUUGUUUUGGUAGAUGGCAGUGAUGCAAACAAAUCAAAUGUUUCAACAAACCAAGUCCAAGAAAUGAUUUGUGAAGAUGAAGAAGCAGAGAGUGUUAUGGCGUCUGCUCACGAUCAAAGAGAGGGUGAGCUGCAAGUAUUCUGGUCUUAUAUUGUUGGCAUGUUAACAAACUUGGACUCUUUACCUUUAGAUCGUAUACAUCAAAUGUUAAAAAUGUUUGCUUCACAAGCUCCCGGUACAGAAUGUAGUCUUCAAGAGUUAAGACAGUUUUUAGAUACUAAAGUGAGAACACAUCAAUUAGUUUUGCAGGGUGGUAUGUAUAAACUGCCAAAAACAUAA